UGAACAAUCACAAUAUCUGCAAUUAUUAUCACAAUAUGCAACGCUUCCUAAUAAUCAUAAUGAAACAAAUAAACAAUCAAGUUUAUAUCAACUGUUAACAGUUAAUGGUAUCAAACCUGAUUUAAAUAAAAAAGUUUAUGUACCUUUAAUUCCUGAAUGGCUACGGGGAUAUGUUAAUAAUACUUAUUCAAACUUAUUUGAACAUGCCAAAAAAUUAUUUACUGCAGAAAAAAAAUGUAUUACAAUAAUUAAUUCAGCUAAAUGUAAAGCACGUAAACUAGAAGAUAGUGAAGAUAUUCAAGCUAGGCUUCCAAUAAAAGCUGAAGGCUAA